AUGAAUGACAAAGCUAACAGUGGUGAUGACCAAUUGGAGUCGACUAAUAAUGAUAAAAUAAUGGGCCAAGAUCGAGGAGGACUUACACAGGACAAUUCAAACACAGUAAAUCAACAAACUGAAAAUGCGGAAUGUGAAAACGGCAACAUAGAAUCACAGCUUUCAAAAGACGCGCCUGGUAUAAGACGUCGCCGUAUAGCAUUAUCCGUUCCACCAACAUUAUCAAAAUCGACGAAUACUUCCUCAGAGUCAUCGACGUCUUCAACUUCAGCGGGAGAAGGCAGUAGCGGCACCAAGAAUACCAAUAAUAGUGCAACCAUAAACGGGGCCUCGGAAUACGAAUGUAAUAUUUGGUAG